GCUGGGCUGGGCUGGGCUGUGGUGAGGAGAGUGCUGUGUUUGGGAUUUUGAUUCAAACCAUUGAUGUUGACUAUGACUCUUGGCGUGACAGUCAGGUUGCUUUGGAUAUGCCUUUUCCUAAGUGAAAUAUGCUGUCAGCAACGUCAACAAGGGCUGGAAGGUCCCCAGAGAUUUGGGAACUAUAAAUACAAUCCUAGGCCUGACGUUAGUGACUCUGUGAACCAGAUGCCCAAGGUGCAGGCCCAGAUGCCCCCAAUAUGGGCCAAGAUGCCCGCAGCCCCAGUGAACCAGAUGCCCAAGGUUCAGGCCCAGAUGCCCCCAAUAUGGGACAAGAUGCCCCCAGCCCCAGUGAACCAGGCAGCCCAGAUGCCCAAGGUGCAGGCCCAGAUGCUGCUUCCUCAAAUGACUGCAUCAAACCCUAUUAAGGGUAGUCUUGGCAGCUCCUCCAUGGAUGUCGGUGGAGAAACCACUCAUGGUGAUGCUGAGGGUCCCUCAUCAGGGCAAGAGCGCUUCCUUGUGAUCACAGAGCCAUCAGGUUUUCAAACGCGCUACGUGGUUAAAUCCUUCAAUCGUUACGUCCUUGGAAAAAGGGUCUUUUCCAAAACCACCUACAUCCCACUGGACUUCCUUCCAACUGAUGCUGCUGAUCCGGUUGCUUAUGACCCCAGUUUUCCUGGACAUGAAGCCCAGGCUGACCAAACUGUGGAUGUCAAAGAGUGACUUUGAGAGCGCUUUGUCAUGAAGUCCUGGGCUCAAACCUUGAUGGAUAUCUACGCUUGUCUUCAUGUUGUAGAUGAAAAAAUAAAGGCUUUUCUCUAA